AUAACCUUAAAUAUUAAUAUCAUAAACAUGCCUGCAGACAUGCCUUAACUCGUAAAUAUGUAAUUUAAAAAAUAAAAAAUAAGUAAAAAGAUAAAAACAGUAAGCACGUCGUUAUUUUUAAAUCAUUUUAUAAAAGUACUUCAAAAUGGUCGAUAGUAAUGAUAAUAACGAGGAUAAUAAUGAAAUCGUAAACAUGAUUCUCGAAACGGAAAAGACAGAUGUGACAGCAACGACCGAAAGUAAUAUGAGCAAACGUCAGUUAAAAAGAAUUAUGAAAUCACAAAAAUGGCUUGAAAGAAAAUCUGAGAAAAGACUGAAGGAGAAAACAAAGCUGAAGGAGAAACGAGCUUUUGCUCGUGCAAAUAAUAUUGAUCUCGGACCAUCGAGAAAGGUCUUGAAAAGAUGUACAAUGGCAGAUAGUACCUGCAAAAUGAAUGUGACUAUAGACUUGUCAUUUGACGAUUUAAUGAUUGACAAAGACAUUGCGAAAAUGAUUAAACAAAUCCUGAGAUGUUACACGUUAAACAGAAGGGCUGCGGCUCCUGUUCAAUUUUCCGUCUCAAAUUUUACGGGAAAGUCGCGAGAAGAGAUGAAAAGGCACAAUGGCUAUGAGCAUUGGGAUGUUAAUUUUCACUCAGAGAACUAUUUAAAUAUUUACGAUAAGAAGAGGAUUAUUUAUCUUACGAGUGAGUCGGACAAUGUGAUAGAAACUUUGGAUCAAGAGGCUGUGUACGUUAUUGGUGGCCUUGUCGAUCACAACGCUCAAAAGGGUCUCUGUCAUAGACUGGCGACGAGUAAAAAUAUCAAACAUGCACGUUUACCCAUAGAUAAGUAUCUACAAAUGAAAACUAGAAAAGUUUUAUCUAUCGUUCAUGUAUUCGAAAUACUCCUGAGGGUCGCAGAAGGAAAGACUUGGCAAGAAACUUUGCUUCAAGUUUUGCCGGAAAGGAAGAACGCGCAACCUAUUCCGGCCGAGGCAAAAUUAAUUACCGUAUGCUCUGACUUAAAAUAAUAUAAAAAGCCUAUAAAAUAUGAUAUUUCAAAUGUAAAUUUAGGGGCGUUUUUUAAUAAAAGGAAAACAGUGCUG